CCGUGUAAGGAAAGCAUCACGUGGGGGACUAAAAGUCCCAGUUUUCUUUGCUGUCUAACACCUCCAAAGUCAGCAUUUAGUCUGAGCUUUCCAGCUAGCCAGGGGAGAAGAGACUCUGGGCGUAAAACUCAGUCUAAGCAAAUACUGCCAAGCGCGGAUCGUGCCGCUCCUUUGUCUAACCGCCUGGAAAGCGCCCAGAGCUUGCUUCAUUUUGGGAAUAGCUGCAAGCUCAAGUCCACGAUGACCGAUAAUGAAAGCGAACGAAGGGAGUCAGAAGUGUUGAGCAACAAACUAAAGGGUUUCUAGUCGUUCCGAGCAAUAGCAGGACACCACGGCUGCGAGAGAAAGUUAAAACGAUGCAGAUGGCACUCUAAGGAGCUCGAUCCACUGAACAGAUUCCAUUGGACAUCGGAUUGCGCUCCGCUGAACGGAUCCCUUCUUUCAGUUUCAAGCUGUCGACACAGACUGGAUUCUAUCCCUCCACAGGAGCCCGCUCUUUCCUCCAGUGAUCCGAAUUAGUGUACCAAAGUUGAAAAGGGAUUAAGUAUUUGCCUCCUUGAUCAGUCAGUAGGAUCAUUCUAAGGACCUGGAACCAAUGUCCAACAAAAUUGACUGCCAUGAGAAUGCUUAUGAAAUACUUCCAGCACAUGCCAUGUUAUUGUGUUUGUUAAUAAAGCCUCAAUUCCGGGUGUUUACUGAAAGUCCUGUAAACACUGAGAAAGCUAAGAUCCUGUUCCAACCACUUUCUACAGCAAAACAUCUACACUCCCCCAAUCAAUUGAGAACAAUAUUUUCCAUAUCUUAGGAACCUAUUCUGAACAAAUGCAAGUAUAGACUGAAAAAUUCAUCUUCGCUUCCAUUGUGCAAGCUUGGGCUUCAGAUGACUGAGAAAACAUAUUUGAGGACCAGCAUCGUAAGUCCAUGGCCACAGCUUACUGGGCAGCCGUGAGCCCUGUACUUCAAAUGCUUCAGGAUUUGGACAACCUACAGCAGGCAUCUUAAAGCACUGGAGACGUAUAAUCUGGACGUAUCCAUGUUGUUAUCUUUGCAAAAUCCUCCAAAUCUGGAGACAAGAAAGGCACCAACAGCAUCCCCUCCUACGUUAACACCAAGGUGAUAAUCAAUCAAAAACAGCUCAUCUGGGCAGGUCACAUCAUUCAUAUGUCUGAUACCAGAGUCUCAAAACAACUUUUCUAUUCCAAACUCGUUUUUCGCAGUAGACUCCCGGGAGGAUUUUGGCAAAGUUUUUACAAUUACAACGAAACAUCUCUGAAGAAGCCAAAUAUACCAGUCCAGGGGAGAAGACAACACCAUGAUAGCUACAGGGGGUGUAAUAACAGGACUGGCAGCCCUGAAAAGACAAGACUCAGCUAGAUCACAGCACUUUCAUCUUCCUCCUCCAUCCUCUGCUCCAGUGAAAAGGAAACCCAAACGUAAGCCCAAAGCCAACAUUGUCGUAGUGAGAGGCAAAAUCAGACUCUAUUCACCUUCAGGAUUUUUCCUUUUCCUUGGAAUUUUAAUUUUGAUGUUUGGGAUUGCAAUGGCAAUCCUUGGUUAUUGGCCACAAGAAGCAGAUAAGAGAUAUCCUGUAGCUUCGAAAUCUGAAAUUCCAAACAAUGGGUCCCAUGUAACAACAGACCAUGCUGGAAUAUUAAUGGAGUUUUUUGAGCAGCACUUACACUCUGAUAAAAUGAAAAUGAUUGGCCCUUUCACCAUGGGGAUAGGGAUAUUUAUAUUUAUUUGUGCUAAUGCCAUACUACAUGAAAAUAGGGACAAAGAAACCAAAGUGAUUCAUAUGCAAGAUAUUUAUUCCACAGUUAUUGAUAUCCAUAGCCAAAGAAUUAAAGGGCAGAGACACAUGAAUGGGGCUUGGAUUGGCCAAUCUGGGGAUUCUGAUGCCAAAUGUUCUGACAAUCAAUGUGCUGCUAAACUGGCUGCUAAUGUAUUGUUGUCAUUUUCUGGGUCAUCUAAUGAUGGAAUCACUCCACACAAAUGGAAUACUUACGAGGAAGAGGAUGGACUGCCUAAGAAUAUUAUUACACUCUUACACCCAAAAAACUCAACAUCAUCAGGCUCCAGCAGUAGGCAACAGACAGAAUCUCAAAGAGAGAAGUGUACCUAUCCUAAAAAGUGUGAGACUAAAUCUAUUGUUUCAUCUUCUCUCAGUGCUUUCACACUUCCUGUUAUUAAACUUAAUAACUGUGUGAUUGAUGAGCCUGAACUUGAUAAUAUCACAGAGGAUUCUGACCUCAGUAAAGGCAGGGUUAGACAUACAUCUAUGACAUCCUUAACAGUACUGUCAACUGAUAUUAAUGAUUUCUAUAAGCCACCGAAUCCACGGUUGUUAAGAAGUAACAGCACAAUAACAGAUGGAAAACCACCCACCAUAUCUUCUGGUGCAUCCAUGGGAAGAUUUCUAUCACCAAGUUUCCCCAAGAAAGAAUUUGGAUCAAACACUUCACUUCACAUGUUGUCCUGUCAUUCAAAGUCUUUGGACUUGGAGGGAGGUCCCUCAACACUCACGGUGCAAGCAGAACAAAGAAAGCACCCAAGCUGGCCAAGACUUGAUCGCAGUAACAGCAAGGGCUAUGUGAAACUGGAAAACAAAGAAGAUCCAAUGGACACACUACCCGUUCCACAGGCUAGUGUAAAAGGCAGUUAUACAAAUAAAGAGAAAUUACUUAUGAUCUCAAGAUCCCAUAAUAAUCUAAGUUUUGAAAAUGAUGAAUUUUUAGAUAACAAGUUACGGCAUGGAGCUUCAGAAACAAGGUUUUGAAGGAGCAUUGGUUUGUAUCAUGUGUUUAUAUUUUAAGGCACUUCUAAGAAAUGUAUUUACGUGAGAAGUGCAUGUCUAUUUUGAAGAGAUGUUAUUUUCAGUACAAAUUAAAGAUUGAAUACUUGUAGAUUGUGAUCAGAACUGGCAUCUUUGCAUCUAUGGGAAUUCUUUUCAUGCUGGUUUGGAGUGUCGCAGACAUAUUUCAUGCUGUGUUUGUCAGUUCUGCAUUAACCAGCGGCUCAGGUAUUGGCCAAAUUCAAAUCUCAGUCCAGACAGACAAUAACACCAGAAUGGCAUUUAGAUUUAUUGUUCAUCCCUGAUGAAUGGACAGGAUUUACAAAUCUAAAGUGUGAGUGGCAUUAAAUCAACGCAAAGCAAGUAUUAUUUUAAUGUCUAUUAAAUUGGGAUGGGAGUGUUCAUUCUUUGAGUAACAAAGCUUGAGUCUGUGUAUUGGACCGUAUUUUGGCAGGUAUUUUCCUAUUAAUGUCAUAUUAGUGUCCUUAAUAUACAUUUUGCUAUUUUUGGAACAAAAUAAAAUGUGCAUAUCAUAUGAA